AUGGCUCUACUUUUGGCCUUUUUAUGUCUCACAAGUGUUACAAAUGUAGUAGGAAAGCAAAAGAUAAAUUCAGAAAAUAUAACAAGGAUUCUAGAUGGACUUCUUGAAGGCUAUGACAAUCGGCUAAGACCAGGAUCUGGAGUCUCUGUGACCGAGGUCAAAACAGACAUAUUUGUCACAAGUUUUGGACCAGUAUCAGAUGUUAAUAUGGAGUUCACCAUGGAUAUGUUUUUCCGCCAAAUGUGGGUUGAUGAGAGGUUAGCCUUUCAGGGGCCCAUUGAAAUCUUGCCUUUGAAUAACCGUAUGGUGGACAAGAUCUGGACACCUGACACAUUUUUCCGCAAUGCACGGAAGUCACUGGCACACAACAUGACGUCCCCAAACAAGCUGUUCCGAAUCAUGCAAAAUGGCACAGUCUUUUAUACCAUGAGGUUGACUGUAAGUGCAGUAUGUCCAAUGGUACUGAGGGACUUUCCUAUGGAUGGACACACAUGUCCUCUCUUCUUUGGAAGCUAUGCUUACACGAAUCGUGAAAUUGUGUACACAUGGAGAAAAGGACUCGAGGCGUCUGUAGAUUUUCCUCCAGAAUCAUCAAGUCUUCUUCAGUAUGAUCUUCUGGGCCAGACCUUGUUCACGGAAACAUAUAAAUUCAGCACAGGACUGUAUUCUGUCCAGGUCGUCCAUUUCUAUCUUCAGAGGAAGCUUGGCUAUCAUCUUAUCCAAACGUACAUCCCUUUGAUUAUGGUGGUGGUUCUGUCACAAGUCUCAUUCUGGAUCAACAAGGAGUCUGUUCCGGCUCGAACGGUAGCUGGAAUCACCACUGUGCUCACCAUGACCACUUUAAGCAUCAGCGCCCGCUCUUCAUUGCCCAAAGUCUCCUAUGCCACCGCCAUGGACUGGUUCAUCGCUGUCUGCUUUGCCUUCGUGGCUUCGGCCCUAGUUGAGUUUGCUGCUGUCAACUACUAUGCCACACUCGAGGCCAACAGGGAGAAACACAAGCUCCCCAGAGGCUCCAUUGUGGAGUCUACAGCCCAGGGCAGCGACGAUGAGCCCGAGACGCCACAGUCUGACACCAGUGCCUAUAGCCGUAAAAGAAGGGGUUACUCUGUGUCUGAGGGGCCCAGCGCUCGCGUUCCCAUCUUCCUUCAGGGCUCAGCCGUCCCACCCAAUAUGAUGCUGGCAGGCACCAGCGCCAUAGACAAGUACUCGCGCAUAAUUUUUCCUCUGGCCUUUGGGAUCUUCAACCUCGUCUACUGGUACAUCUAUCUCAGCAAAGACACCUUGGAAAAGCUCAGGGAUAUCGAGUGAGUUUCUCCUGAGCAGCACAAGGCAUAUUCAGCAGUAAGACUUACAGGAAGUGCUUUACUCUGGACCUCUCUUUCUCUGUCUCUCACUUUCGUCAUCUUUCGUCAACUUCACCCUUGAUCGAGCACAAGCCCGUCUGACACUGUUUGACAAGCAUUUGAUCCCGUUCCUUUCCUAUUUUAUCACCAAUAUACUUUCCACUUCAUUUGCCUUUAUAUUCACAGAUGUAGCCGAGGGCCACGUCGUUAUACUAACCCUGCUACAUUACAAACCUUCCUCUGGUUCUGCUCUAGUUCUGUUUGUGUGUGUGUGUGUGUGUGUGUAUGUGUAACACACUAAGGAGUUGAUGACAUAAUCUGCAGCUCUAACUGGUGAUGCAACAUUGAACCAAUGCUUUCAGUGGCCUGCCCUCUACAGAGACACGGCUCGCACUGCACUAGAUCAAAAGCAGCGGGUUUAUACUGACAGCUUCAAAGAAUUCGCAUUGAAAAUAAAGGAGAAAUAAUGCAUCCCCAGAACUGAACUUUUACUAACAGCAUUUACACACACCACACGGAUGUAUUGAGAGGUGCACGGUGCUUCUGUUGGUGCGGUCGCGCUGAAAUAAAGGGAUAAAGUAAAGCUCGGUGUGGGGGGUGCGUGUUUAAUAUGUAUUCUCUGCUCGCGGUUUAUUUGAUGUUCUCUGAUGUUUCUCCGCUGUCUCUGUUGGGAGAACAUGCACAUGCACAGGAUGUACUCGUCAAUUCAAACAAAUCGUAAGACAAUUAUGUUCAGCAGCAUAAAUGGCUUUGAAAACCCAUUUUGAGGAAACAAUGUUGCACUGAAGAGUAAACACGCAGGUGCUAAUGUAAAUCUCAGGAAAUAAGUACAUUAAUUUGCUGAAUUGUACUUGUGUUAUGUGCUUGCAUAUACUGUA